UUCACUCAAAUUAAAUCAGCUGUCGAUUUUUCCUAUAUGAAUAAUUCUUCUUUAAUGUUUUUACACGCAAACAAAAUGGAUUUUCACAAACUCUGCUAUCUUUAAAUCAAUAAAUCUGAAUAAAGCUAGCAAAGUGGUGUUAGUAUUAGGCGGUGGUCUGUGCCGAUGGGGUAUCGGGAGUGAGAGACGGGACAGCGGCGGCAGCGGGCGCGGCUCGGAGCCCCAGGCAUGCGGCGGCAUGGCCGGCGAGGCUGCGGGCACGUCGCGCGGCCUCCGCGUCUACAAGAUCGUCGUGCUCGGAGACGGCGGCGUCGGCAAAUCGGCGGUGACGCUACAGUUCGUCAGCCACAGUUUCCUCGACUACCAUGACCCGACUAUCGAGGACUCUUACCAACAACAGGCUGUCAUUGAUGGGGAACCUGCAUUGUUAGACAUCCUAGAUACAGCCGGCCAGGUGGAAUUCACAGCAAUGCGGGAGCAGUACAUGCGUUGCGGCGAGGGCUUUGUGCUAUGCUACUCGGUGACUGACAGGCGAUCUUUCCGCGCUGCUUCAGAGUACAGGAGGCUGUUGGCACAGGCGCGACCCUCGGAAAGGCUGCCUCUAGUCCUUGUUGGCAACAAACUGGAUCUAGCGCCAAGGUUUCGACAAGUGACAACAGAAGAAGGCAAUGCAUUGGCCACUCAGCUCGGUUGUCCAUUCUUCGAGACGUCGGCAGCUUUGCGUCACUUCGUUGACGACGCAUUCCACGCGCUGGUGAGAGAGAUACGACGUCUAGAGAGACAGAGACAGGCAUCAUUGAUGGGUACUGGUAUAUCGACGAGCGGUGGGCGGCGGCGCUGGCGGCGUCUGCGCAGCAUC